ACGCCGAGAGGGCACGCACUCUUUAUUGAUUGUUCCUCCGGUCGGUGUGUUGGGGGGAUUCUUCUUUUCGCGCGGUUCUGUGUGAGGAAGAGGUGCGUCGCCCCCCCGUAUCCAUCCGCCAGCCGGAGAACCAGCCGCCGCCGACCUAUACCGCCCGCUUGAGGACAGACAAUGUCGGCCUCCGCCACUCGUGAGAAGAGGAGCGCGGCCGCCUCGGUCUCCGCCGCCGCUGCUACCGCCACUACUAAUAACGGGGAGAGCGGCGGGGCCGAGGCGGACGGACAGGAGUCCAUGGAGAACUGCGGGGUGUGCCAAGCCCGACUGAACACCGAGCGGGAGCCGCAGCUGCUGCCCUGCCUGCACUCCGUGUGCCGCGACUGCCUGAGUCCCGAGCCCGCCGAGAGCAGCGCCGAGCCCGAAGCAGCCGUGGUUAAUUGUCCAGUGUGUAAGAAUCAGUGCUUACAGAGGGACUUGGUUGAAAACUACUUCCUUAGAGAGGAUUCGGCAUCCGGUCAACCAGAGACUAUUCACAGGUGCACCAGCUGCGAGGACAAUGCCAUAGCUAAUAGUUACUGUGUGGAGUGCACCGAAUGGCUGUGCGAGACUUGCGUGGAAGCCCAUCAGCGAGUCAAGUAUACCAAGGAUCAUACUGUCAAAGUCAAAGGUGGAUCCCAGAAGGAGUCAGAACAUACUGUAUUCUGCCCAGUCCAUAAGCAGGAGCCUCUCAUGCUGUUCUGUGAUACUUGUGACACAUUGACCUGCCGUGACUGCCAACUACAGGGACACAAGGAUCACCAGUAUCAAUUUUUUGAGGAUGCUGUCAAGAAUCAGCGCAAAAUCUUGUCUGCUCUUGUGAAGAGACUUGGAGAAAAACACACUACCCUUCAGAAAUCUACCAAGGAUGUUCGUAACUCGAUUCGUCAAGUGAUUGAUAUGCAGAAGAGGCUACAGGUAGAUGUGAAAAUGGCCAUCUUGCAAAUCAUGAAAGAGCUCAACAAGCGUGGAAAGCUACUUGUUAGCGAUAUGCAGAAAGUGACAGAAGGACAUCAAGAUAAACUAGAAAAGCAGCACUGGAAUAUGACCAAGCUACAGAAACAGCAAGAACACAUUCUGAAGUUUGCUUCCUGGGCCCUUGAGAGCAGCAAUAACACCGCUUUGCUGCUUUCCAAAAAAAUGAUCUACUUUCAGCUGCACCAUUCUCUGAAGGUUGCUGUAGAUCCAGUUGAACCAUUAGGUGAUCUGAGAUUUCAGUGGGAUUCUGAAACCUGGACAAAACAUGCUGAGUUCUUUGGAAAGAUUGUAUCAGACAAAACUGGUGUCCUGCCAUCGUCGCAUAAUUCUAAUUCACAAGUGCUGACACCCCUUACUAACUUCAGUCCAAUGGUACAGAACCGGUCCAGAUCUGGUCAAGGGAGAGGUAACUUUAUUCAAGAUGACUUUGCAGAGGGUGAAUCUUCUGGGGUGGAUUCUGUUGGUCAAAAAAGGGGGCGCAAUUCAGAGGGAGGUGAUAAUGAACAGCUGAAGAAAGUUCCUAGGGUCAGCUUGGAGCGCUUGGAUGUUGAUCUUAGUCCAGCUACGCAACCCCCAGUUUUUAAAGUGUUUCCUGGAAACACCACAGAGGACUAUAAUCUAAUUGUAAUUGAGAGGGGGAAUGCAGCUGCUGCUGCAGCGGCAGCAGCGGGUGGAGGAGAUCCUAUUGUAAAGGAAGAGGCAAUGGAAACGGGCAUCAGCAUCCCAACCGGUGAAUCCAAUGAGGAAAAACCUCAAAUGCGACCCGAUGGCCUGCCUGAAAGUGCUUCUGCAGCUCGCCCUACAAGUGCAGCCGGCGAUGGGGUUGCUUCAGAUGCUAGCACUAAGUCAUCAGACGCUGGCUCUGCUCGCUGUAAGGUCUGCCAGAAAGAUGGGACACUGCUUACGUGUGGUCAAUGUAAACACGGCUUCCACAGAGACUGCCACCUGCCUGCCGUUGAAGUAGCAAGUGGAGACUGGAAGUGUAUGCUGUGCCAGGAUUUUCCAAAGACUGUUCAAGGAGACGUUCCAGCAGAUAUCCAUCCCUCUGGCAUGUCAGCAGCUGAUCAGAAGAAGUGUGAACGUGUACUGUUGGAACUAUUUUGCCAUGACCCGUGCAGGCCUUUUCACAGACUCUCAAGUGGAGCGGACGAUGACCCAUUGAUCGACUUGACACUUAUUCGAGCCAAGCUGCAGCAGAAGCUCUCUCCUUCCUACCCCAACCCUGAUGAGUUUGUUAAGGAUGUCUGGUUGAUGUUCAGAAAUAUCAGCAAGCUUGCAGAGGAUAAAGCAGUGGUUCAGUCCAUCAUCGAGCUGCAGUCAUUUUUCGAAGCCAGACUCAGCCUGCUCUUCGGAGAUCGCAAGUUUUCUUGCCUCGCAAGCGAAGUGGGCAUGGAUGAAGAUCAGCAGAACGAAAGCUCGACUCAGCGGAGUUCACCCUUGAGCUCAACCAGCGAGAGCGUAUCGUCUGUAAGGAACAGCGGUGAUGCAGAAUAGUUCUUCCUGCCCAGAUCCAAACCCGAUUUUUGGUCUAAUCCAAGUGGACAUGCGCAUGUUUUGUCUUCAUACGAAGUCACAACUGCGCAAAUGACUGGAGAUUUUAUUAUAGUCCCUCCCUAUUUCCUUUUUCAAUAGCUGAGUGAUAGGUUGUCACUGGAACACGAGUGAGUGGAAGUCUUUGGCAGUGGAGGUUUUCCAGAGAGGUAAAUGUAGUUGUCAGAGGGUUUUUUUUUUUUUUUUUCCUUUCCAUUCGCCUGUAUCGUUUGUUCAAUGCCUCUGCAGUUCCACUUGUAUGCAAAAAUCCCCUGAAGUCACGACAACCAUUUGGACGCCGCACACAUUUCUCUAGUCAGUUUAAGAUGUUCCACCAGGACAGGUGCUGUUACUCUGUGUAAACUUUCUUGUUGGAUGGAGAGUUCGGGGAAAACAUCUACUAUAAAGUUCUAAUGUAAA